GGAGUCACGGUAUACGUUCUCGAUUCUGGCAUCCAUGCUAGCCAUGAGGACUUUGAAGGAAGAGCCUCCAGUGCUGCCAAUUUUGUCUCCAAUGAAGACGACGACGAUUAUGCUGGACAUGGUACGCAUGUUGCGGGUACUAUUGCUGGUAAAACAUAUGGUGUCGCCAAAAAAGCUACGAUCAAGUCAGUCAAAAUCUUGGACAAGCAUGGGGAUGGAACCACUGCGGGAUUAUUGAAGGCUCUAGCUUACGUUGCUUCGCAUGCUACUCCUGGUAAAUCGGUCAUCAACUUGUCCUUAAGCGGACCAAAGUCACAAUUAGUGGAAGAUGCCAUCAAAGAAACAGCCAAGAAUCACAAUGUCCCAAUGUUCGUAUCUGCCGGUAACACUGGAGACGAUGCAUGCAAGUACCUCCCGGCCGCCAGUAGCCAUGUCUUCACUGUUGGAGCAACUGACGAAAAGGAUAUCAUUGCUUACUAUUCUUCUGUUGGCGAGUGUGUUCGUAUGUACGCUCCAGGGUCAGGCAUCAUAAGCGCUUGGAUGGGUGACAACAGUGCUACCAUGAAAUUGGACGGAACUAGUAUGGCCAACCCGCAUGUUGCUGGAAUAGCUGCAGCCCUGUUGUCAAAGGAAAAAUAUUCCGACAUAGAACAACUGUAUGCAGACUUGGAAAGCAGAGGCACAAAAGAUAUAUUGCAAAUGUCAGCUAGCUUCAGCAGUAAUAAUUUGCCAUUCAAAAACGUAAUGGCUUACGCUGGAUAA